AACGCCCAGCACGUUGGCUUAGCGGAACUACUUGAAAUGUAAAAAUGUUCAAGCCGGAAUUGAAAAGGCAAACUUGGCAACAACUUUGAAGGCUUAUAUAAUUAUGCGCAUUGCAUCGCCACGGAUCCUGGGCCACAUCCUCCUCUACCACCUGCUUCUGCUCCUCAUCCCGACCAGCCAUUCAGCCAGCUACCAGCGCUCCUCGAACUGCCAGCAGCAUCAGUCCAGAUCUCAGGAAAUGGAUCAAUCCGAGAAUCUCGAUAUGGGCCUGCGGCGUGGCAACUCCAAGCAGACCGCCUCGAAUAUUGCCCAAAAGGCUGCCCAGGAGGCCAAAAAGGCGUCAGACACCCAGGCGCCCGCCGCUCUGGCCGCCGCCCGCCAGGUGAAGCACCAGCUGGCCGAGAAGGCCAUCGCCGCGGCCAAGGCCGCCGAGGCUGCGUUGGCGGGAAAACAGCAGAUCCUCGAGCAGCUGCAGGACGAGGUGCACGAGGCGGAGAUUAUCGUCCAGGAGGAGGGCUACUCGUUGGUUGGCUCACAGGCAAAUCUCAAUGCCGCUGUUGCCACAGCGAAGCAGGCUCAAACGCUGUUGCAGACGCUCCAGAACUCGGUGAAAAACGCCCAGGACGUAGUGGGCAAUGCCGAGGCAGCUGCUUCCGGCGCCCAGCAGGAGUUGUGCGAAAAAAUGCAACUUGUAGAAACUGCUCGCCAGCGGUCGGAGAUGCUAGUUCAGCAGCUGCGUUCUGCCCAACUGGACUACACUAAUACGAAGAAGGCCGCUUACAGGGCCGCCUGUGCUGCCUCCGAGGCCAGGCAAAAAGCUGUACGAGAUCGAAGAUUCCGGGGGGAAUUUGAAGGAACUUCCGGAGACCAACAGCAAAUGGUGGCGGAGCAGGACCAUCAGAGACAGGGGGUAGGAGAGGAGCAACCAGUCAAGGGACAGUUGGAUGAAUGGGAAUACAACGAGCAGGGCAAGGCUAUAUUUUCUAAUUGACAUCUGUACUGCAAUAAAAGUUAUUCUGUUUAAAU